CGCAAUCAAAACAAUCAAACUAUGUUACAACCCGCUUUUCCCCGGUCGUGAUCAACAUCGUGUGAAUGUGUUGGUAGAACAAGUAUCUAUACAUAUACAAGAAAUGGACCAAUAUGAGCGGGUGUUACUCCGCCUGGUGGGCACGGAGGACGAAGCUUUUUCUGGUGUAUGCUACGUGUUGCUGCCGAUGGUAAUGAGAAAGCUUCUGGAGCCGCUCCCCGCAACAGACGCCACCCCCGGAGCGACGCAGAAGAAAGUGAUCGAUAUUCUAAACCACGUGCUGCAGCGCGCAAAGGCCUGUCGGACGAUUUUCCUGCCUUUUUUCGGAAUAUUGGACUUGAUCACCACCGAGAUGCGCGCGGAGCGCCAGGGUGUGCCAAGUGCAAACCCCACGGGCCGGCUCCUCUUCAAGAACCUCUCGAUGAUUUUCCUAGGCCUUGCGAUCGAGCGGCUAGAGGAGCUAGCUAGCUCCAGCAAUAUCGAGGCAGAGGCAAGUAGAUUGGAGCGCUCCAAUUCUGGCCACGGUUUUCUGGCGGACCUGAUCAAAAUCAACAAGCUUCCUACCGCGGCAGCAACCUUUUUCAAGGCAACGCGGACCGCGAGGACCGUGGCGAGUGAGCUGAUCAAAGAGUUUCACCUGUUCCCGCGUGCGCACCAGCCCCAGAUCUUCCUGGCAGUGCUCCACGCAUUCGCCUGCUUCUACCCGACCAACGUGGCUAGUUUGGUCUUUGGACUGACAAACCAGGCAAAGUCGGCCCUGCUAGAGAUCGACGUCGUGGCACAACAUCAGCAAGAAUUGACUGGGGGCGAAACGGUUUGCGUAUGCAACGAAACAAAUGCUUUAAUAAAUACAGUUACACACGACUAUGUUGCAGAAGUAGUCAGAGAGGCCAGCUCCGUCACGCGCAAUGAGAUGUACUACAGGACCCUAUGCUGUUCAUGCCUUUCAUGUUGCAUGUUAUUUUCCCGUAUGAUCUAUGAACUAUGAUCUCCGCACUACACCAGACCAAGACGCCGGGAACCGGGCGUCUGGGCCUGGAUUACGCCCCCCUCGUCCAGGGGCGUGAGCCAUCUACCACGCCAUAGUACCAUGCAGACCAUACCUGUGAUGUAGUAGUUGCUGAAUCUGCAAUAUUCAUUGUGCGUCGACUGUAGCACUUUUUUCCUCGGAUAACCGGCCUCAAAACCAUUCCACGCGACCUGCACCGAAGUAGAAUCCCAGACCGCAGGGUUGCUCGCCUUUCUAACGACUGCCCGCGAGUUAUCCUGAGUAAAAACGUAGCCACACCAUAGUCAAGAUGGGGAAUCGGCUAGACAAAUCCACAAGUUUUGGCUGUUUUGCAUGACAAAUUUGGAUUCGUAGUGUAGUGCUGGUUGAGCUAGCUCUGCAGCAUCACAGAUCUAGCAUACCAUGCUGAUUGGAGCUGCAUGACAAAUUGCAAAACACGACUAGAAAACGCUUCUCAUGGGGCUCCGCAUGAGAAACAUUUUCAGCAUGCAGAUUUGCAUUACAACUCUGGCAUGGGUACGUUUUUACUCAGGAUACGAGUUCUUCUUGAUCCCGGGGAACGCUAUUGAAACGAAGCCGCCGGCAAUCGCAGGCAUGUCGUCUAUGAAAUGCAAAGAUGUUUCUUGGGUCUGGAAAUUUGUGAUGCUGAAGAUUGGCUGUAUCACGAGCACGUGGACACCUCCCUUUUUAUCGCAUAAGCGAGCCUGA